AUGACAAUGUCCUUUGAGCCAGCGGACACAGCAUCAUGCAACCAGAUGGUCUCAGAGGUCGUGAAGCGACCGAGCCUACGAAAGCGCUCUUCAGGCGAGGACUUUGCAUUCCAGCGUCGGCUCUCCUGGAAGGAUCUCUCGAACCCGAGGCCUUCUGCGCCGACGUCCCCCGUAGCGGAUGGUGAGCCUCAGAGCAGAACGCGACGGACUCCCAGCCCAGGAUCGCCUCAGACGGAACCUCUGGAGGAUACAGCCAGGGCCAAUGCAACUGACAUCGUCUCCGACCAGCGGGCGACGCCUUCGAAGUUGGAUCACUACAACAUUGUCAACUCUUUCCAGCAAGGACUUGCCAAUGUGGAGCAGAUCAUAAUCUACGACACAGACCAUGUGGGUGAGUCUGACGGGGACGAGGACGGAAGACAUGCAGUGACCUGGAGACGCCGUGCGUGGCUGAGGCUGCUCUGCGACCUCUGCGUGAAUCUGUGUAAGUGCAAGCCGUGCCUGAGAAUUUAG